GUAGACUUACUUGUGCAUUUCACCACACACUUUGUCCACAGACUGGACCUGUUUUCCAGUCACAAGUGUCAACAAAUCCAGGAAGAUGUCCAAAUUUAAGGUGUUUAUUUUACUGCUGUUUCUCACCGGGGUUAGUCUGUUCAUAAGAACCCACUUCAACUUAACUGUCUGGUUCCACUCUCUACAACAAAGCCCAUGUGCUUGUGAGAAGUGUUUAUCAGAAGAUAAGCUGUUGCUCAUGCAAAGUUUCAACAGUUCUGUGGACCCAUUUUUGUCUGUGAACUACAACAUGUCAGAGGAUGCCUUCAACUGGUGGAAGCGCUUACAGAAUGAAAGGCGCAGCUUCAGCACCUAUAAAACAACAGUAGAGAGGCUGUUUCAGAUGUUCCCAUCAACUCCAGAUCUAAGAGAACCCAGCCCUGACCGCUGCAGGACUUGUGCUGUGGUGGGAAAUUCUGUUAAUUUAAAGCGAUCACACUACGGGCCUCUGAUAGAUUUCCAUGAUGUCGUCAUAAGAAUGAACUUUGGUCGUAUCAACGGCUAUGAGGAAGAUGUUGGGACCAGAACAACUCAUCGUGUCAUGUAUCCAGAGAGUGCCGUGGAUUUAGACAACACCACUCAUCUUGUGCUGUUUCCAUUCAAGAUACAGGAUCUUGAGUGGCUCAUCAUGGCCUUCACAACAGGAUUUACUGGAAAAUCAUAUGCGGCAGUAAAAUCCAAGGUUCAAGCUAACAAGGAUUUGGUAAUGGUGGUCAAUCCAGCCUUCAUGAGGUAUGUUCAUGACAUCUGGCUGGAUAAAAAUGGCGGGUAUCCAUCCACUGGCUUUAUGGCUUUGGUUCUUGCGCUGCACAUCUGUGAUCAGGUCCGUGUGUUUGGUUUUGGUGCAGACAGUGAUGGAAACUGGAGCCAUUACUGGGAGAAGCUUAAAAAUAAAAAGUUACGAACUGGACAGCAUCCUGGACAGCAUGAGUAUGACAUUAUCCAGCAGUUGGCUGAGGAACAAAAAAUCCAUUUUUUUACAGGGCACUGA